CUCUCUGAGAGAAAGAAAGUCCACGGUAAAUUUAGGGAUCUUCUGAAGUCGAAGCAAAAAUUAAAAAUAUUGAAUUUAAAUCGGGAUGUCUUCAAUGAAACUGAAAUAUCCUCGGAAAAAAUUGAUGAAAUUAAGGAGUACAUUUCAAAUAUUCAUAUUGAAAUGCAAGCUCUGGUCGCAUUGCUACAAACAUUUACAAUCCAGCUGAGUGAAGAAAUGAAAAUGAUGAUGGCGGAGGGGUUGUUUGAAGAAGAGAACCAUGAAAGUACAGAAGGAGGGGUAGGACCAAGUAACCAAAAGGGAGUAUUGGGAUUUAUCAAUGUUGUUCUGUCAAAGAUUCAAGUGUCCCAAAACAGAAACACUAAUGACGGCUCAAAAGCGUUAUUUGGACAUAAUGACAAAGAAAAGCUAGAAAAGCUUGCUGCUCUCCAAAAGAUGGCAAAACAACAACAGGAUUUACAAGAAUUGAUAAACAAAACAUCCGAAAUGAUUCAAAAUAUGGAGAUUGAAACUGAAAUUAGGAGCCGGGAUAUUAAGGAUAUUACGAAAGCUCUACAUAAAUGGUCAGACGGUUUAGAAGAGGACAAAGAUAGGAAAGAACGCAAACGGCGAGAACAGGAAGAAGAGAAACGUAAAGCUGAAGAGGAAAAAAGGCAGAAAAUCGAAGAGGAAAGAAAACGGAAAGAAAGGGAGAAACAAAAACGUAUAGAAGAAGCAGAAAGACGAAAAACAGAAGCUGACGAAAAACAACGUCAAAAGAACGAAGAGAGAAAACGCAAAGAAGAAUUAGAGAGAAAAACCAAAGAAGAAAAGAGAAGAAAAGAGGAAGAGGAGAAAAAACGACAACGGAUGGAGAAAGAGAGGAUGAAAAGAGAGAAAGAGGAAAAGCAGCGUAAAGAGGAAGAAGACAGAAAAAGGCAAGACGAAGAGAGGAAAAAGAAUGAAGAAGAAAUCAGGAAAAUUGAAGAACAAAGACAAAAGGAAGCGGAGAGACUGCAUCAGGAGAGAGAGCAAAAAAGAAAAGAGGAAGAGGAAGUACAAAAAAGAAAAGAAGAAAAACAAAAACGAGAAGAGGAAGAGAGAAUAAAAAAGGAGGCAGCGGAAAGGUGGCGUAAAGAGGAAGAAAAUAGACAAAGGGAAGAAGAAAGGAAAAGAAAUGAAGAGGAAAUCGGGAAAAUUGAAGAACAAAGACAAAAGGAAGCAGAAAGGCUAUGUCAGGAGGAAGAAGAGCGAAAAAGAAAAGAGGAAGAUGAAAUACAAAAAAGAAAAGAAGAAAAACAAAAACGAGAAGAGGAAGAAAGACUCAAGAAAGAGGCAGAGGAAAGGCGACGUAAAGAGGAAGAAGAAAAAAGAGCAUGGGAAGAAAAAAGACGGAAAGAAGAACUUAAGAAAAAAGAAGAAGCAGAAAGGAAAAGAAAAGACCCCAACAACUGGCCAAUUUUUAUAUACCACAGAGAGGAGGAAGAGAGUUCAUUUCACUGUGGUAUUUGUUGUGCAGUAUCGGCAAUAGAAAACAAUCCACCAUUGCUCAAGGAUGACUUGAUUUGUUCGUUCUCUGAUAAACCACAGGACCUAAACAAAUGCAUGGAAAGCAAAGAAGAAAUUCUAACGUCAUCAUUGAUACAGAUUCAAGUUAAGAAUGACAUUGAAAUGUCAUUUGAGCUGCCUUUGAGAAUAUACAUACCACAUGCCAUGCUACUUGCAAAUAGGGACAUUAUCCUCAAAGUAUCCAUAAACGGCGGGCAGUGGCUUUCAGAGCACAACGUUCUUGAACCUACAACAAACGUGUCGAAGGUCUUGAAAAAUCUAGUUGGUGGCUGUUUCCAAAACUUUAAAAGAAUAAAUCUGAUAGCCGUAUCAAGGAAAAGAAGGGAACACGUGAUCAUGAAUGGAACAAGCAGCUGCGUUACCUCUAAGGUCAAUUCAGAUAUCAGCAUCAGAAUUCCGGGAAACCAUCUUAAAAAAGACACCAGCUUUCAUUUGAAGGUUGACGAUGAUAGUUUCUUUCCAAGAACAGAAAUUCAGAGUGAGGGCAAUCAUAUUAUGACUACCACUCCUCUUGUGGGUGUAAACUUUGAUGACGUCAUUGAAAAAGACUAUGUUGUGGGAAUUCAGCCUAAUUAUAUUAAGAAAACAGUGUUCAAAACGAUGUACGCCAGAGUUUUGCACGAAUGUUCUCAGAAACUUGCCACAGACAUGGCUAUUGACGAAAUUCUUCAAAUUAUUCAGAACAAAAAUUUACUCAGUGACGAAACGAUCAACAAGAUAACAAGCAAGCUUACAAAUGAAACGAAGGUGAGGGAACUUUUGGAUGAAUUCAAAGAUUGCAAUGCUGAAGGCUUUGAAGAAUUGCUAGAGACUAUAGAGAGAGCAAAUCAAGGUCAUCUUGCAAAUUAUUUGCGGGAUUCUCUCAAUAAAAUUCAAAACGAGGAAGCUGAGGUGGGAAAUGAUUUCAUUGAAUUUACUCAACCAGUGCUUCAAAUUGCAUCAAGUGUUAAUAACGGAAAGUGGAAACUGAUGGAUUUCAAAUCAACACCAAAUCUGCCGAAUGCCGUAAAUGUCCCACUACCAGCGUAUGGACAAAGUUUUGAUAUCUUAGGUCUCGUUGUACCGAAGGCGAUGACACAGGAUGAAAUUUGUAGUAAGGCAGAGGAAAUAUAUCAAAGAGCAUAUCAGACAGUGGUACGAUUGAUUGUUAGACAACAUGUUGAUGAUCCUACAGAUGUGUAUAUUCGUUGUGUGGAGGCCUCCAAAAGUCGUGCAACACAACUCGAAAUGGAAAACGAGGGCUAUAAGUCUGGACCAACUGAAAUGGCUGAAUUUGGGAUCUUCGACAACGAUGAUAUUUUCUUAACGGCAACAGGAAAUAUUGCUUUCGUUUCAAAUCCAAAGAGUCUUAAAUUCUUCUUGAACUUUGAUAUCGCAAGUCUGCAAGUGAAAAUAAGUAUCCAGAACAAAUAUGCACAAAGUGGUUGUCCAAAAUACUAUGGCGAGGUAAAAUAUAAUGUCGGGGAACAAGACCAAAAACCGCCAAGAUCGGGAUCAUUCGUGGUAUAUCUACCAAAGGAGGAAGGAUUUCAAAGAUAUGCUCCUUUAGCUUUGGAUAUACCAGUGAGAGGUAUGGCAAAGUUUAUUGCUCUUCAUUUGACCAGUGGAAAAUUUGACACUCAAGACCUCUACGCGAGAUUGGCUGAUAAUCCACGGCAACUGAGGAACCUCAAAUUGAGAACACAGAAAGAGGACCUGACAGGAACAGAGAGGAAGAUAUGCGAGGCAUUCAUCAAAAAUUGGGCGAAUGUAAGACCCAAACAGGAAAAUAAGGUUGAUACCCUACUGAGAAUACUAAAAGGAAUUGCCCCAGACCUUGCACAGCGUGCUGAAGAUUUCAUUAAGCCAUACACUGCUGGAAAAGGAGCUCCACUUGCAAACACCGGGAUUGAAGAGAUGUCCAACCUUCUAAAAGACAAGUGGAAGGAUCUUGCUUCGAAACUUAACUUCGAGGAAGAUGAAAUCAAAGCAAUGGUGACAGAUAUACCAGACGACAAGAGAAGGGCUUUAAAUGUAUUAGACAAGUGGCGACUUUCUGAUUUUGCCAUUGAGCAAGAUACAAAUGUUGUCCGCUACUUGUACAAUGUCAUGCUUGAUUGUGGGUGUAAUCAAAACCUUUUAUCUAUGUUGCAAAAACACUUAUAGACUUUCACAAAUACCUUAUCAUAUGAAAUAUUGCUUGAACGGUCAAUUCUAUAGACCUUAUUAGUUAUUUUACCUUAAAGUCGCUUAUAGAAAAUAAUUCAUCUCCGCUUUUGUUAUCUGUAACAACAUAAAAUUAAAAUUCAUUUAUUAGUUUCCUACCGACGAAGUCGAAGAGGACUUUAGGUUAACGUUCCGUCCGCCUGUCAGUCUAUCUGUCCGUCAGUCCUGCAAAUCAGUUUUCAGGACUUUUUUAUGUGCUUGCAGAUAUUUAUUUGAUAUUUGAUUCAUUGCUUUGCCAUAACAAGUUACAGAUCAAGUUCGAAUUCCGUCUCGGUCCGUUGAUGUUUCACUAAGUUAUGGCUCUUGGACUUAAAAAAUAACACGAAUUAUCAGUUUUCUGGACUUUUGUUUUUUAAUGUGUUUGCAGAUAUUCAUUUGAUAUUCAGCACAUCAUGAUGGUUGCUUUACCAUAACAAGUUACAGAUCGAUUUUGAAGUUUUCCUGGUCUAAUCUUUGUACCUGAAUAGUAGUUGGUUUCCAAUCAUUCCUAUCUUUUGGUUUCCCAAUCUUCCCUUUUUACCAUAAUCUUGGUCUCAUAAUGAACUUCGAACAUUGUUGCGGUCCAAUAUUUUUUUUCCGUCAUGGGACUAUAUAUUGCUAUGCAAUACUCUCAGAAUGAUUGUUCAAAGUUAAUUCACCGCAGUCGUGCAUAAAAAAUAUUUCUAUAGCAUAUUGAGUAUAAGACAGACAAACCAUAUUAGAAGACCGGCAAAUGAAAGUGAUCAUAUGAACUCGUUGCUGCAAUGUUCUAGAUAGAACAUAGAAAUUCAGUUAAGUUCUAAAAUAUAUGAAUUUAUAUGUAUGAUACUAGUAAAAAGAAAAUGGCAGCUAGUGGUUCGAUUAAAGAUUAAAACAGGUGUACAGUUAAAAUGAAUGACAAACUCGUUGUAACUAAUUGUGUUAUUGUAAAACUUAAACGGUACCAAUUUUGAUGCACCAGAUGCGCAUUUCGACAAAUAAUGUCUUAUUGCAUUUGUCUGAACAACCUUUUGUAGUUACUCGCACGAUAAAUGUCAAAAACUAAUCAUAUGAUGCUUACAAUUAUAUUCCUUCUUUUGCAUCUAGAAUCAAUACAGAAAUUGUGAUCUUUCGUUUUGUGAAAAUGGGCUGUUGGAUGUAUGUGAUCUUCCGUUUUGUGAAAAUGAGCUCUUGGAUGUAUUGUGAUCAUUUGUUUUGUGAAAAUGAGCUGUCUGGAUGUAUUGUAAACUGUUUAUAUGGUAUUGAUACUGUCUGGUUUGUUGUUUCAGACUGUUUUUGUUGUAAAAUUAUGUUUGUGUAUUGAUGCAUGGUAUACCCUUCCACACAUCCAUAGAAGAGGGUGGUGAAUUGAAAUAUAUUCUUCUCAAAACAUUAAAACAGACGUAUGAUGGA